AUGUCUAUGACUUCGUCACUCUUUCUACGUCGUACGCCUGGCGCUGCCCGUCUUUUACGCAACUUUUCCACAGCAUCUUCUUCCUCCUCGUCUAGCGCCUCUGGUCCCAUGACGCACUUUGGUUUUCAGCAGGUACCCGAAGAGGAUAAAGAGCAAAUGGUGGCGUCAGUUUUUCACAAUGUAGCUGAACGAUAUGACGUAAUGAAUGACUUUAUGAGCGGUGGCAUGCACCGUGUGUGGAAAGAUUCAUUCGUUGAGACGUUGCAUCCCGUCGGUCCAUUAAAGUGUUUAGAUGUCGGUGGAGGGACUGGAGAUAUUGCAUUUCGCAUAGCCGAGCAGCUUUCCAAGACAAAUCGAGGCACGAAAGAGUCGCAAAUUACUGUAUGUGACAUUAAUUCGUCCAUGCUCGAGGUAGGCAAAGAACGUGCUGCGAAAGUUUGGCAACAUGUGGAUCCGUCACUUUUUCGUUGGAUCGAGGGCAAUGCCGAGCAUUUGGACUUUAAGGACAAUUCUUUCGAUGUUUAUACGAUUGUAUUUGGUAUUCGGAAUGUCACUCACGUUGAUCGAGCAAUUCAAGAAGCUUAUCGAGUUUUAAAGCCUGGAGGUCGUUUCAUGUGCAUGGAGUUUAGUCAAGUACCUAACCCACUUAUUCGCCAAUUCUAUGACGCUUACUCGUUCAAUGUGAUCCCAUUUUUGGGUGAUAAGGUUGCCAAUGACCGUGCAUCGUACCAGUACCUGGUCGAAAGUAUCCGUCGUUUUCCACCGCAGGAAAAGUUUAAAGCGAUGAUUGAGGACGCUGGUUUCAAGCACGUGACUUAUACAAACUUUACUUUUGGUGUUACGGCCAUGCACUCGGGAUUCAAGUUUUAA